CAAGGAGCACAUGAACAGGAAACAUGGCGUCUGCAGCGACUGUCGCUCGCCUUCUUCGCCUGACGGGGCCAAGUGUCCACUCUCUGUGCACCAAGCUGGCUCCGUUGGCCGAGCUGUCUGCGGGGAGAUGCUUUUUGUCCACUUCCAGUUUGCACCGGCUACAGUUUAAGCUCGACGAGAGAACAGCUCACAGCAGUUUGGACCUGUUCAAAAAAGACACUGGCGUCAUCUAUCGCGUGUUGGGCCUGGAUCCGAGCCAAGUACAAGACAACCCCGAGCGCUUCCGAGACUGGGCGGUCGUUUUGGGAAAUGAGAAGAUAAGCAGCGGCCGACACUACUGGGAAGUGACGGUAAAAAAGUCCCAGGAGUUUCGGCUGGGUGUGGCAGAGGCAAUGAUGUCCCGUGACGACUGCGUGGGCACCGACGGCGCCUCCUGGGUGUUUGGCUUCGCCCAGAGAAAGUGGUUUGCCAUGACCAACAACAAGAUUGUUCCUGUGGCGCUGGUGGGGAAGCCAGACCGUGUGGGCAUCCUGCUGGACUAUGAUGCAGGUCUCCUGGCCCUGGUCGACACUGAGAAACCCAGGCUUGUUCAUAGCCUCAGGAUUCACUCUAAAGCUCCCAUUUGCCCUGCGUUUGGACUCUGGGAUGGUGAGCUGCUCACACACUCUGGCCUGGAGGAGCCCGACGGCCUCAAGUGAAGGCGAGGCUCAGUGCCAACGUGGGCAUGAUUGCCUAGAAAUGAAUUUGCUGCCAAAGCUGGUGCUAUAACCGAUGCUCAAUAAUUUCAAUGCAAUGCGCUGGGAUCAUUUCCUGCUUUACUACGAGUGAUUGUUUAUUUUCAGCACGACAGCAUCAGAACAUUUCUGAAUGAAAGUUUACGGUUCUCCCGACUUAAGCUACUCUGUGUACCUCAUGUUUCCUACAACUACACCACACUUACAAGGAUACAACAAUGUAAUGCCUGUUUAUACUUAUGUUUCAUAAAAUAA